CCUCCCGCCCCACUCACCCCUUCCCCCCACCGGCAUGAGCCGCUCGCCGUGACCCCCGCGGUGGGGAGGGCGCCGGGGGUCCAUGCUCGCAGCCUCCGCGCUGCCGGGUGCCGGCCACUGACGGCGGUGGGGGUGGGGGGGCCGGGCCCCCGGCCUCCUGCCCCACCCCCUGGCGUCGGCACCGCGGCCCGUCGGGGGCCGCUGCCCCGGGCUGCGCCCGCCCCGCCGGCCAGGCCCUGGAGGGACCCAGGAGCUGCCGCCGGCGUCAGCCCAUGGCCCGGAGGUACGAUGAGCUGCCUCACUACCCAGGCAUCGUGGAUGGCCCUGCAACCCUGGCUGGCUUCUCGGAGGCAGUGCCCUCGGCACCGAGAGCCCCCGGGCCCUAUGGCCCACACCGGCCUCCCCAACCACAGCCCCCCGGCUUGGACAGUGACGGCCUGAGGAGGGAGAAGGAUGAGAUCUAUGGACACCCGCUCUUCCCGCUGCUGGCCCUGGUCUUUGAGAAAUGUGAGCUGGCCACGUGCUCGCCCCGUGAUGGGGCCGGGGCUGGGCUGGGCACACCUCCAGGCGGUGACGUAUGCUCCUCUGACUCCUUCAACGAGGACAUCGCUGCCUUUGCUAAGCAGGUCAGCUCUGAGAGGCCCCUCUUCUCCUCCAACCCGGAGCUGGACAAUCUGAUGAUCCAGGCCAUCCAGGUGCUCCGGUUCCACCUGCUGGAGCUAGAGAAGGUGAGUGCUUCUCACUUCCCCUCACACCCUCGCUUGCCCCCCCAUCCCUGCUCUUCUCGCCCCCUCCACCCCUCCUUCAGGCUCUCUGCCCACUGGAGUUGGAGCAGAAUGCUCCCCCAUCCCUGUACACCCCAGCCCUGGCCCCCGGGUGGCCCCCCCAGUACCCCGGUGCCCCCUCAGGUCCACGACCUGUGCGACAACUUCUGUCACCGCUACAUCACCUGCCUCAAGGGAAAGAUGCCCAUCGACUUGGUCAUCGAGGAUCGGGAUGGCGGCUGCAGGGAAGAUCUCGAGGACUACCCGGCGUCCUGCCCCAGCCUCCCGGAUCAGAAUAAUACUUGGAUUAGAGACCAUGAGGACAGUGGGUCUGUACAUUUGGGGACCCCCGGUCCAUCCAGUGGGGGCCUGGCCUCCCAGAGUGGGGACAACUCCAGUGACCAAGGAGACGGACUAGACACAAGCAUGGCCUCUCCAAGUUCUGGGGGCGAGGACGAGGAGCUGGACCAGGAGCGACGGCGUAAUAAGAAGAGGGGGAUAUUCCCCAAGGUGGCGACCAACAUCAUGAGAGCCUGGUUGUUUCAGCACCUCUCGCACCCAUACCCCUCGGAGGAGCAGAAGAAACAGCUGGCGCAGGACACGGGGCUCACCAUCUUGCAAGUCAACAACUGGUUCAUUAACGCCCGCAGACGCAUCGUGCAACCAAUGAUCGAUCAGUCCAACCGCACAGGGCAGAGUGCAGCCUUCAGCACAGAGGGCCAGCCCAUCGGGGGCUACACGGAAGCUCAGCCACAUAUGACUGUCAGGCCUCCAGGGUCGAUGGGGAUGAGUUUGAACUUAGAAGGAGAGUGGCAUUAUCUAUAGAUUCAGGACAAGUACCCCAGCCUCCGGACUGUGACCGCCAGGCUCACACCUGGUUUCGGUCCCUGCCUGGCCCCCUGACUUCAGGACCCCGCCUCCUAAGGCCCCCAAUGCAAUGCCUACCUCCCUGGGGCUCCGCCGGGAUAUGGGGGCCUGAGUGCCCACUUGAGGGGCUCUCAAGGACAAAGACAAGGCCCCCAGGCCCUGCGCCCCACAUCUGCCCUCACCUCUGCCUCAAACCCAAGCUGCGAUCCUGGGCCUGGGUCUUCAGAAGGUGGUGGUUGGGGGUCCCCAGCCUCCAGGCUAGGGAAGGGACUGGAGGUGGGCUGGGGCUGUCAGGGAAGGAGGGUCAGCUGGAUCCGACUUUUGGGAGAGGUCCCCUCACCCUCCAGCCCACUCCCCACUUCUCUCCCCUACCUCCCUUCACUGAU